AUGAAACCACAGAACACAAUCCAAGCAGUGUUAACAAAGAAGAAACUGAAACCUAGCCUUGUUUUUGUACUCAGAUUACCUGCAAAAAUGGAGAUGGGAAAGAAGAGGAUGGCUGUUUUAGUAGGGUGCAACUAUCCAAACACCCAAAAUGAGUUGCAUGGAUGCAUCAAUGACGUGCUAGCCAUGAAGGAAGUGCUUGUGAAACGGUUCGGGUUCGAUGCUAGCCAUGUCCAGCUCCUAACUGAUGCACCAGGGUCCGUGGUUCUUCCCACUGGUGCAAACAUAAAGAGGGCACUUGGUCACAUGAUUGAUCAAGCUGAAGCAGGGGAUGUUCUGUUCUUCCAUUAUAGUGGACAUGGAACAUGGAUUCCAUCCAACAAACCUGGCCAUGCAUUCAGGCAGGAUGAGGCUAUUGUGCCCUGCGAUUUUAAUCUCAUUACUGAUGUGGAUUUCAGGCAGUUAGUGAACCGGCUGCCAAAAGGAGCAAGCUUAACCAUCCUUUCUGAUUCAUGCCACAGUGGUGGCCUAAUUGACAAAGAGAAGGAGCAAAUAGGGCCUAAUGCAACCAUCACAGCAAAUAAUACCACAUUGCAUUCUCAUAACCCUAAAUCCAUCCCAUUUGAAUCAAUACUGCAACACCUUAUAUCUCUAACGAACAUUAACACAUCUGACGUUGGCACCCACUUGUUAGAGUUUUUUGGAACUGAUGCCAGCCUCAAGUACAGAUUGCCACCACUUGAAUGGGACUUAUUUGACUCACUAAAACCAGACGAGGGAAUUUUACUUAGUGGUUGCCAAGCAAAUGAGACUUCCGCUGAUAUGAGCCCGAAUGAGGGUGGAGGAAAAGCAUAUGGGGCAUUUAGCAACGCAGUGCAGAUGGUGUUGAAGCAACAUUCAGGUCAACUGAGUAAUAAGCAGCUUGUGACAAUGGCCAGGGAGGUGUUACAGGCACAAGGUUUUGAGCAACAGCAUCCUUGCUUGUAUUGCAGUGAUCAGAAUGCUAUUGCUACUUUCUUGUGGCAGCCUGAAUUCUAGGUUGGUAAGCUCAUGAGGUCGUCGGCUGGUGGUUGUCUGUGCUUUGAUCUGUCAGUUGCCUUGUGCUUGUUGCAAUAAAGGUGGCAUCCAAUAAAGAGGCUCACGUUCUUGUGCCUCUCCUCAAAGCUUUGACAAACAUUUAUUCUUACAUAAUGUCUUGUGAACAGAAAUUAAUUUGAUCGAUGAACUUCUUACCAAUCA